UGAAAUUGCGAUGAGUUCUAUUACAAACAAUAGUGAUAAUUUCAACUAUCAAGUUACAAUGCACGAUCAGAAAGAAAUGGAUGAAGUCAAUCUAACCCAGGAGACUGAAAUUCACCUGGAGAGACACCGCUCAGUAACAGGGGCGAACUUCCUUGGUACUGUGCUGGGUUUUCUGAGUACAGGAUAUAAUAUUCAGGUCUUUGACCUCGUUAAUUUGGUGCUGGCGUAUAACUAUGGCUCUAGUUACUCAAAUUUUUAUGAAACAACCAUUGGAAAUGCGGAUAUUUACGGUAUCUUAGUGGGUUUGUUACUCUUUGGAGCUUUUUCUGAUUGGUUUGGUCGAAAAGCAUGUCUGUUAAUUUCAACCUCUCUGAUAUUCGUUGGCGCAGCUCUAUCUUCGGUUUCGUGGGGAUCAAAUGGAUCACUCAUUGGUUUAUUUUGGAUGAUGGCAAUAUCUAGAGGAAUAGUUGGUGUUGGAAUGGGUGGAGAAUAUGUCUCAGGUAUUCCAAAUACAACAGAAGAUAGUGAAGAAGUUAAUUAUCGUCACAGAGGAAGAAGAGUUGGAUUUUCUGUGAAUGUUGUGGAAUUAUGUGCGAAUGUAUUACCAAAACUUGUUGGACUUGUUCUCAUUGCAAUCUUUCAAUAUGGAGACAUUCAAGCUAUUUGGAGGAUUUCUUUUGCCUUUGGUGCCAUUCCAUGUAUUGGGCUUUUCUUUAUUCGUCUUCGUAUGCAAAAUUCGCAGUUAUUUCAAUUGCAGAGAAAAAGGGAAGGGUUUCUGUCUUUAGACAAAUUUGAUUUGAAGUAUAUCUGUCGAAAUUAUUGGAAGCCAUUUGUUGCGUGUGCAGGAAAUUGGUUCUUGUUUGACUGGUACAUUUUUACCUACGAUACUUUUGGAGCCAGGAUAUUGAGUCAAGUGACUGGAGCAGGACUUUUGAAAACUUCUUGGAUACUUCUCAUUCAACGCUUCUUCUAUAUCCUUGGUCCACCUUUCAUUUUAGUACUCAUCUAUUUAGUUCCUGCAGAAACUUUCCCUACUCGGUUUCGAGCGGUCAUGUUGGGUCUUUGUUCGGCUGCAGGGAAAUGUGGAGGAAUUGCAGCUACCGAGGCUUUUAAUCCGUUGAAGCAAAGACUUGGGGGUGGAGACACUGGCCUUCGGAAUUUGCAGUUCGUGUAUACUGGCGUAGCUUGUCUAGGUAUUGUUAUCACUUGGUUUUUCACUCCAGAGUACAAAGAGAAGAAUUUAAUUUACAAGGACGUCCAAUAUGCUGAGUUCCGAAGAGAGUUGCUUAUCGUGUCGAAGCCGAAUGAUAGUUUAGAGGAAAAGAAAGAAGAGCUUUGAAAGAACUUAAAUAGAAUAAAAUUCGUUUAAUGUGA